CAUCAUGGCCUCUUGGAACCAGCGCCACGGGAGUCGGAUGAGAGAGGCGAAAAUGUUCAUGUUGGUGCUGCUGGUGUGGCUGCUGCCGCUGCUCCAGGCGCUGAAGGUGUCUCCUCUCAUAGAGAAGGUCAGCGACCACAAAGACUUUAAGAAGCUGCUCCGGACGAGAACCAACGUCAUGGUGGCGUACACCAAGACAGCUACAUCAGGGGACUCUCACCUGAAACUGCUAUCCGAUGUGGCCCAGACAGUGAAGGGCCAGGGGACUAUCGCCUGGGUCAACUGUGGGGACUCAGAGGGCCGUAAGCUCUGUAAGAAAGUGAAGGUGGACCCGAGCUCGAAGCGUGGGGGAGCGGAGCUGCUGCAUUAUAAAGACGGGACGUUCCACACCGAGUACAACAGACCCGCCACCUUCAAGUCCAUGGUAGCAUUCUUAAAAGACCCAUCGGGACCCCCGCUGUGGGAGGAGAACCCCGAGGCAAAAGACAUCGUCCACAUAGAGACAGAAAAGGACUUCAGGAAGCUGCUGAAGAGAGAGGAGAGGCCGGUGCUCAUGAUGUUCUACGCUCCCUGGUGUGGCGUGUGUAAACGGAUGCAGCCCGUCUUUCAGCAAGCAGCCACCGAGACCAAGGGGAAAUAUGUGCUGGCGGGGAUGAACGUUCACCCGGCCGAGUUUGAUGGCCUCAAGCAGGAGUACAACGUCAAAGGCUACCCGACUUUCUGCUACUUUGAGAAGGGGAAGUUCCUCCACCACUACGAGAACUACGGAGGCACAGCAAAGGAUAUUGCAGACUGGAUGAAGAACCCCCAGCCCCCCCAGCCGAAGACCCCAGAGGUGCCGUGGACGGAAACGGACUCCCCGGUCUUCCACCUGACCGACGACUCCUUCGACAGUUUCCUGGAGGAGCAUCCUGCAGCCGUCAUCAUGUUCUACGCCCCCUGGUGUGGACACUGCAAGAAGAUGAAGCCAGAGUAUGAUGAAGCUGCUGAAAUACUCAACAAAGCUGCGGACAGUCCGGGUGUGUUGGCAGCAGUGGACACCACGGUGCACAAAGCUGUGGGAGAGCGCUUCAAGAUCUCCGGCUUCCCCACCGUUAAGUAUUUCGAGAAAGGUGAAGACAAGUACACGCUGCCACACCUCCGGAGCAAAGACAAGAUCAUCGAGUUCAUGCACAAUCCCACGGCGCCUCCUCCACCGGAGCAGUCUUGGGAAGACCAGCCCUCCAGCGUCAGCCAUCUUGGACUGGAGGAUUUCCGAGAGGCGCUGAAGAAGAAGAAGCACGCUCUGGUGAUGUUCUACGCUCCCUGGUGUCCACACUGUAAAAACUCUGUGCCCCACUUCAGCACGGCAGCAGAGCUCUUCAAAGAGGACCGAAAGAUUGUGUACGCGGCUGUAGACUGCACAAAAGGACAGAACAACGAGCUCUGUAAGCAGGAGGGAGUGGAGGGCUACCCGACCUUCAACCACUACAACUACGGCAAGUUUGUGGAAAAAUACAACGGAGAUCGUGGGGAGGCGGGCUUCAUCAGUUUCAUGCGCAGCCUCCGAGGACGUGAUCAGGUGAAGAAGAAGGAAGAGCUCUGAGAAGGGGGGGGGUGGGGGAUCAGGGAGGGGGAGUUGCACUGCACAGUUUGUCAUUGCACUGUGACCCUUGACCCUGACACAGGGGCCCAAUCAGCACUGACGUGGGAGACUUGAUGACCUCAGCUACUUUUUUAUACCGUGGUGAUCACGUUUGUAAUAAACCCAACAGAGAGCCCCCCCACACACACACCAGACUCCUUUUUCAGGGAGGGGCGGGAAAUACACGGACAAAAACAAGAUUUUUUUUUUUGGCCCAAACACUGUGACUACUUUAUGUGAAAAGCUUCACUCUAUACUUUAUCUAUGCAAUACUGACCCCUGCUCAGCCCUGUGGGGCCCGACGUGGUGGUGGGUGGUGGGCAUCAAUAGUUAAAGGUGUGGGCUGCACUGACUGUCAAUACCCAGGGGUCCGAAUACAGUCCCAUCUACCCUCCUGUGUCUCUAGAAAUAGAAACACACACCUCUUUGUUCCAAUAUUUCAAUGUGUCACAUCCAGAACCAUCCAGAAUAUUGCCUUUCUGCAGAUUACUCGAUAAAAAACUGCAUUUAACACCUAAAAAAAAGCCCAGUAAAACGUGCUGCUGUAGUAAAAAGGCACGGUAGCUAUGAAGCAGUUUGAACCUCAGCCCAAGGAUCAAUAUUCUGAACGGUUCCUGGCUUUUGUUUGUUUGGCUUUACAUUUAUUUUUUUUGGUUUGCUAAAAACUGUGGCCUUAAAGAUCUAAAGAAAAGAUGAAAACAUGAUGCUGGAUUUGCAGAAUUAUGGGGAAUCAGAGGCCUGGUGCCCGUGCAGUGUCUUCAGGUUGUGGACCAGAGACGAACAAACAUGAACAUGAAACGCCAAAUAUUCUUCUGCAUUGUCCUUUAUUUUUUUUGGGAGGGGAUUCAGCGAGGCUCAUUUACAUACAGUGUAGGGGGAGCUAAAUAUUGCAUGGUGAUGGUAAACAGUCCAUGAAUCUUUCCCCUCCGUCCACAGAAAGAUAGGCAUGGAUUCCACCUCACAAUCCUCUCUGCUUUCAGGGAGACGCUGGAAGAAAUCAGACCUCUGGUUUACACUUUGGGCAUUCAGGGGUUUGUUAUCUUUUAUUUUGUUAAGAGUACCUUUCUGUUUUAUUCCCAUGCAUUUCUGACACAGAACUGAACAACUAAAAGGAGCCCAAUUGACCAAACUCCAUGUGUCUCUUGGCUUGGAAAUGCUCGGUUCCGUUAGCUCUCCCCGUGCCUAACAUCGUAAUUCAGGGGAUGAAUUUGUGGUACAUCCCAAGAACUAACGAAGUCUCCAGACCCCCUCCCACUUCUGUCCGCAUAACACCAUCAUCAUUACUUUUGUGGCAUUUUCUGUUGUGUGUGUUCAACUCCCACGCUUCGACCACCAUAAAUAUUUUAUCUGUGGCUGGACUUGUGUUUUAUUAUUCAACACUUUCAUUAAUAAGGUUCUCAGGGAUAGCGAAACACAAUUAAAGGGAACUAGUUUGUUUGUAAUUUUGCAUUCCAGCUGAAUCACUUCGAGCCCUUAGGUCACCAAUUUAAAUAUUGUUUACAUUUGUACCCCGAGUUAGAAACAGUGCUGUGCUGAAUAAGACAUAUUUGCAGUAGCUGUUACUGAACCAUUUCAUUAUUGUGGUGAUUUUUUUUUUUUAUGAACUCAUUCCAAGUGAGACUGUCUAAAUGUUCUGGCUGGCACCAAACACUUUCCUGUGUUCAGUGUGACUAUGAUUAAUACUUCCUGGUAUGUUAGGAGCAUUUUGAAUGAGCGCUUCACACAGUUAGGUGUUAACGUAUCGAUAUAAUUAGGUGUUCAUCCUCCUCUGGAGGGAAAAACCAUUACCUUUUGUUUGCUGUUUCCAUUUGUUUUUGUUAAGGGGCCUCUGUAGUGACAGCCCACACUGGUGGAAUAAUAGAGAGACCCGAAGUGACCCGUGUUGUGUGGGAAUUUGUCACAAUAAUGCCAAGAAGUCAUUGUUCCCUCCGUUGAUUUUCUGUGCCCAUACGUACAAUGUUUCCCCUUGCAGUAAGGACAAUAAAGUAACAGAUUUCCAAAAG